CCCACACCGCGCCACCCCCCCACACCCCUCACCCUCCUCCUCCUCCCUUCAUGGAUCCCCCGCGCCCGCCCACGGUGCUUCUGACCGCCGCCCGCCGGCGCCGCCGCGAUCCUCCUCCUCCUCCUCAGCUCGGCCGUAGCGGCGGCGGCACCGCCCCGAAGGUUCCUCAGCCCCGGGCGCUGCCCGCGGGAGCCGAGGCUCGCGUCCCGCGCCUUGGGGAGCCGCUGGCGCGCCGGGAAGCGAUGCUGCGGGUGCUGGACGCCGGGCUGGAGCGGUGCCUGGCGCUGCACUCAGCCUACAUCCCCGUGCCCCGGCACAGGAAGCUCUCGGGUAAGGCCGGUAUCGACGAGGUGAUGGCAGCCGCGGUGCUCACCAGCCUCUCUGCCAGCCCGCUGGUGCUGGGCCACCCGCCAGCCACCCCUGCCCCAGAGCCGGGCGGUGAGGUCUGGAAGGAGGCGCCUGCCGUGUCCUCCAGCUGCAGCAGCAGCAGCAACACCAGCGGGGACUGGAGCUGGGACCCCCCCAGCGACCGCUCCACCCCCUCCACCCCGUCACCUCCACUCUCCAGCCACGUCCCCAGCACCUUCCUGCCCGCCCCGCUGCCGGACGACGGCCCCGACGAGCCCGACGGCACACACUUCGUCUUUGGAGAGUCCAUCCCGAGGAAGAGGAAGAACUCCAGCAAGGUGAUGUUCAAGUGCUUGUGGAAGAGCUGUGGCAAAGUGCUCAGCAGCUCCUCAGGGAUGCAGAAGCACAUCCGAACCAUGCACCUUGGCCGCAGAGCCGACCUGGAGCAGAGCGAUGGCGAGGAGGAUUUCUACUACACGGAGCUGGACGUGGACGUGGAGUCGCUGACGGACGGGCUCUCCAGCCUCACGCCCGUCUCGCCCACCUCCUCCCUGCCCCCUGCCUUCCCCAGCCCUGAGCCGCCGGGCCCGGCGCUGCCCACCCCCGACCCGGCGCUGCCCUCGCCCUGCAGCCCCCCGGCCGCCCCCAGCCUCUGCCACGUCCACACUGACCACGCGUACCAGGGCUGCCCGGCCCCCCCACAGCCCCCCGUGCCCCCCGCCGUGCCCGUCCCACUGCUGCCACCCAAACCACCCGCCAUCCCCAGGAGGCCGCGUGGGGAGGCCAAGAAGUGCCGCAAGGUGUACGGGAUGGAGAACCGGGAGCUGUGGUGCACGGCGUGCCGCUGGAAGAAGGCCUGUCAGCGCUUCCUCCACUGACCCUGCCCCUGCUCCCUCCUUCUUGCACAUUUUGCACUCGAGGUGCCUUCGUGCCCCCCCCCCUUUCACCCCCCACCCCGGGGCCCCCCCACACUCAGGGAACGGCCCCCCCCACCCCCACCCCAAAAGCUUUAUGCACACACGGCCCCUUCCCUGCUGCCCCCACCACGGAGCUCGUGUCCCCCCCCACCCCUCAGCCCUUUCCUUUCCCCUUGACAAUAAGCUAAAUGUGCCCCGGGGGGGGGCUGCUGGGGGGGCUGCCCCUGGGCCCCUCCCCGGGCUGGGCUGGGGACCCCCAAACACGCCGUGCCUGUGGCUGGCAGGGGCUGGGAAAGGGGGUGUCGUUCCUCCCCCCUCCCCCAGCUGCUCCCCCAGUGCCCAGGGCAGAGCUAGGCGCCUGCCCUGCCCCCUCCCUCCCUCCCCGGGGGUUUUUUACUCUUUGUAGGUGGUUUCUCUCCGUGCUGGGGGGGGGGAAGCUCCGGGAAGUGCCUGCAGGAACGCGCCCAUUUGCACUAAAGCCAAACUGCACAACCAGGCUCCUUCCCAAGGGCUGUUUUGGUUCUUUUUUUGGGUUUUUUUUUUUCUUCUCUCCUUUGUGUGUUUUUAUUUUUUAAAUAAAAUAUAUGAAAAGUCAUAUUUUUAAAUACACCCCCCCACCCCCCUCCCUGGGGGCUCAGAGCCCAGCAGCCACAGCCCUGCAGCAGCGUGCCCAGGGCAGGGGCUAAAGGGCUUUUAUCCCCUUCACACCUCUUUUCCUCCCUCCCCACACCCCCUGUUUCCCCCCAGCCCCUCUCUCCUCUCUCCUCCUGGCACUCAGGACGGGGUCUGCCUGUGCCACACCACCCCCCCAGCUGAGGAUGGGUGGGAGGGGGAUGAGGAGGGGUGGGUGGCUUUGCCUCCCCCAGCCUGAGUCCUCUUGCAGGAGGGGUCCCUUCUCAUCAGGGACCCCCCCCAGUCCUCGCAGGGUCCCCCCUGUCCACCUGCUUGGGCGCCAGGGCCGUGCCAAGCUGUGCCCCUGCCUGCCCCAGGGACUGGCUGUGGCUGAUCCACAAGAGAGAAAGAAAAUAAAUAUUUGGAUUCUU